AUGACGACAACUAUUAAGAAUGAGGCAUUUCCCUAUAAACCUCUGGAUCCCAAAGACUUUCCCAUUCGCGUUCUUCAAGUUGAAUCUGGCGAUAUCUCUCAAUCCAUCUGUUGCUCUCUUGUGAACUACGCAGAUGCGACUGAGCGAGGGUGGACUUGUCUUUCGUACACUUGGGGUACCGACCCGCCAACAGAAGAAAUAAUCAUCAACGGCGUGCCGCUUCCAGUACGGCCAAAUGUCUACAGCUUCUUGAGAGAAGCCCAACGUCAACAUCUCACGAACUUGUGGAUUGACUCCAUAUGCAUCAACCAGUCCGAUAUCGACGAACGUAACGCCCAGGUCCGGCUCAUGAGUCAAAUCUUUAGCGACGCGAAAUUGGUCAUAGCCUGGCUUGGUCAGACCUCACCCGCCUUGGAGCGUGCUAUCAAGCAUCUAGACUCAAGUUUCCCAGCUGAUACAGUAACUAUCAGAGCGGCAGAGGCCCAGCCUGUGUGCUGUCAGCUUUCACCGGUAGAAUGCUCCUCACUUUUUGAAGCGUGCGGGGCUACGAUAUGGACACGUCGAUGGGUAAAACAAGAGAUCAUGCUGCCUGGGAAGGUUGUUUUGUAUUGCGGCCAGGCUUCUAUCAGCAUUACUGUCUUUUUCGCAAUCAUGGACGGUUUAGUCGAUUAUGCCACAUUGCAUAACCACACAGCGCCUGCCCCAGACCCUUCUCUACAGGCAGACUGUCCCACAGAGGAGCAAGACGAACCAAAAUCGUGCUUCUACGAAUCCCACAGCUAUGACCAGCUACAUCGCCAAUGCGCAAACGUACUGGCUUUCUACUCCGCCACACGUGCCAAAGGACGGCAGAAACAGCUUCCUAUGUUAUUGAAGAUGUUUCAAGACUCCGACUGCACUGACUUUCACGACCAUGUCUACGCUUUUCGAGGCUUGAUGGAUCGAGGCUUGGAAUUUCCAGUGGACUAUAACAUGGUAAAUAUCGAUGUGUUUCUUGAAACCCUCGACUUUCUCGCCCAGACCACUCAUCCCCGUCUGCGUGGUGCAAGCGCUGCUGAGAGGGACCUUUUUGUCGAUUUAUACAGGGGAUUUAAGUUUACUACCGAAGAUCUUGAAGGAAUAUUUGGAUACUACGAGACUAGCUUCGUACUACAGGUCGGCUAUAGCUUCGAUAUGCUUCGGAAAGACAUAACUGUCUGGAGUUUCGUAGACUCUAUUGACGAUCCUGAUGAGUUCAAAGCAUCACCCUGGAGGGAGGCGACGCUUUGUAAAACUUGCCGCAAGGUAGUUUUGAAUGAUCCAGAGAUAGACGAAUAUCACACCGUCCUCAACCAACUCCGCGCAGAGCCUGAUUUGUCAGAUCGGGACGUAUACAUGUACGGACUUCGGUCCUGGGAUGGCCUAGGCCUCAAAGGGCUUCGUGCAGUAUACGAGCCGCGCUGGCUGUAUGGGCCCAGUCAAGAUACAUUACAGUUGUUGCGAAGCGACAUCCGGGAGGGUCACCCUCUCAGGGCAAUGUCAUUUGAUACUCGCGGGAAAGACCGAGAACUUGAGGAGUGGCUGCAGCAAGUGAAGAAUCACUUGGUUGUUAUGGUCACUGACAGGGAUGACGCAGCCUAUCAAAUACAAAUCUUCAUCAUGCCUUACUGCCAGUCGGAAGAAUGUCUCCUUGCAGAAAGACCUACCCAGGGAAGUGGAAGUUAA